GUACUACACCACUGCAGAACCUAUUGCAUAAUUACCGCACUCUCCACAGCAUGGGUGUCAUCAAAGUCAAGUUGGUCUAGCUUGCUGUGCACUGCAUCAGUCGCUGCCCGUUGCAUCUGCCCUGGUAAGAUGUAAUUUAAUGGAAAUGCGAGAGCUCGUGCGUACCAGGGUCUUGUGAGCUGAGUGUAAUUCUUUCCGUCAAUCCACCAGAGGUAAAGCUGCAUAGAUAGAAGUAAUCAUUUCUUACGUGAUGAAUGCCGUAUCACUUUUGCGUGUGACGUACCAAUGCAGGUUUGAGCUUUUGGCUCAGCAUUGCACUGUACGCUUUCACAUCCGAAACCUGUUGUGCUGUUAGCUGAAUAUCAGCGCUGUAGUUCUGUAGGAAAAUGGAAAAGUUUUUAUUCAUCAACUACGCGUACACAUUUCUUCUUUCUUUUCGUUAGAAAUUUGUGUAUACCUGCUUCCUAAGAUAGCUGAGGAUAUCUUCAAAUCUGGUGAGACGUGUAGCUGGGCCAUGUCUGAGAGACGGUAAACGUCCUGAAAGCCAACAACAGUAGUGAACGACAUGGACCCCAGCCCUUACACUGAUACUCACCGAACCACGGCCGCCUGAUUUCAUAUACUUUUAGGGGUGCGCCCGAGAAUUUCGCGUAUGCCUGCAAACGAGCCACAUUGUCUGGAUUGAGUCUACACUAAAGAAUUUAGACCUACAGACUACCGUGAGGGAAUUACCAAAACUUCUAAGCACGACGAGUCGAUGCUAGGCAAGCCCCAGUCACCCUUCCAAAUGUUUAGCUCCAUUUUGCCCAGGAGGAGGAAUUUAGAAGGUGAGACGACUAGAGGAAUAACUCUGAAGCGUCUGGUGUCACAUGCGCGCGCAAAGAAGUGAAUGCUCCGCGAAUAAUUCCACAAUUCUACACACUUUCCACAGAAAAUCGCUCAGCGCUACUACAAAUCGUCGGCACCGGUCGGCAUGGUGAUGCUGUUGAUAGCAAUGGAUACUUCUGCUGCUUCUGCGACUUUUGUUUAUAGUGCAUGUUUACGUAUUUGAGGAACAGCUGCGAGCUUGAUCUCUCAUAACCUGUUCACAAGAACAACUGAACGAAGAAACGAAAAAUAUUUUGAGAAAUGUUAACAAUUGUUUCAAUCGUUUCAAUAGCGUCUACUUUGAAGUUUUUGGCGGCUUUGGUUGAUUACGAAACACCGUCUGACAAAAAUUCGUCUGUCGCUCCGGUGGGGUGGGACGGUUUGCUUCAGUUCUUCUCCGUGGUUCUUCUAAAGGUUUUCUACGUUGACAUUGAGCACUUCUCUCAAAAAAUGAGUGUCGUGGGAGCCGUUCGAAUGUACAUAGACAAAAUGAUAGAAGAGAGUGGACCGGGAAUGAAAGUUCUCAUGAUGGACAAGGAAACUACUACCAUAGUUAGCGUGGUGUAUACGCAGUCUGAAGUGCUGCUGAAAGAAGUAUACCUCUUUGAAAGAAUUGAUCUUGCCGGAGGAGAUGCAAUGAAACACCUGAAAUGCAUCGUGUUUCUUCGGCCCACAAAAGACAACAUAGAUCUACUAAUACGUGAGCUGAAGUCACCGCGGUACGGCCACUAUUUUAUAUAUUUCAGCAACACAGUCAGUAGGAGCGACGUCAAACUGCUUGCUGAAGCUGACGAUCAAGAAUGUGUCUGCGAAGUUCAAGAAUUCUACGCAGAUUAUGUGGCAUUGGCACCUCAUCUCUUUUCGUUUAACUUAACCGGCUCAUUUCAGGGACGAGCGUGGAGGCAGGCACAUUUGCAAAGGACAUCGCAUGGCAUCAUAGCCGUGCUGCUGAGUCUAAAGCGUCGGCCUGCGAUUCGAUAUCAGGGAAAUUCCGAUGCAGCCCGGCGCCUGGCAGAGAACAUAAGUCAACUUAUGACUCGUGAAGCGAGCCUUUUUGAAUUUCGGAGGUCGGAAACCAUGCCGCUUCUAUUGAUACUGGAUCGCAGGAGCGACGCUAUAACUCCUCUGUUGAAUCAGUGGACAUACCAAGCCAUGGUACACGAGUUGCUGAAAAUAAACAACAAUCGUGUGAACCUGUCUCAGGUCCCAGGAUUGGCCAAAGACCUGCAAGACAUUGUCCUCUCCGAGGACAACGAUGACUUCUAUGCUGAUAACAUGUACCGAAACUUUGGAGAAAUCGGGUCCAACAUCAAGGACCUCAUGGAUGACUUUCAAAGAAAGACUCAAAGCCAACAAAAAGUAGAAUCAAUUGCUGACAUGAAAGCGUUUGUUGAAGCAUAUCCUCAGUUCAAAAAGCUGCAAGGUGCUGUCACAAAGCACGUUACCCUGAUGGGAGAACUGUCUCGGUUAGUAGGAGCCCAUUGUCUCCUCGAGGUGUCCGAAGUUGAGCAAGAACUUACGUGUCGGACGGACCACUCUGACCUUCUAAGGAGGAUCCGUACAUUAAUUGGAAGCAGCAAGGUGCGUGAUAUCGACUGCCUGCGUCUUGUGAUGCUCUAUGCCCUGCAGUAUGAGAAGCACAGCAAUAACGAUCUUCCUGGCCUUAUUGAGCUGUUGAAGAAGCGUGGCGUUUCUGCAAACUUGCUAAAGAUGGUCCCAUCCAUUUUGGAAUUUCAAGAUAAAAAAUACCAGCUCAACGACCAGUUCACGGCAGACAACGUACGGGCAUUCACAAAGAAGGUCAUCAAAGGCCUGAAGGGAGUGGAAAAUAUCUACACUCAACACACUCCUCUCGUACAUGAAGUGGUGGAUGAACUUCUUCGAGGUCGGCUCAAGGAAGCAUCUUACCCUUACAUUCCUAAAUACUCAUCCAUUGAAAGCUCGGCUCGUUUCCAAGACGUCAUCGUAUUUGUCGCUGGCGGAGUGACGUACGAAGAAUCGCUCGCAGUGUAUCGUCUCAACCUGGCCAACCCCGGUGCUAAGGUCGUCCUUGGUGGUACUAUAGUGCAUAAUUUCACGAGUUUUCUCGACGAACUGAAAGCAGCCACAACUGAACAGGCAUUGAGGUCGAGCAGGCAUCUGUUUUAAUGAUUCACUAAAUAUACACUUUUGUACGAGACAUUCCUAUGCAUUCUGAUGUCAUAAUAUUGUGAAAGGGGUUGUUGUUGUGAAACAGCUCCCCCACUUUUGGAGGAAUCACGUAAGGAGGAAUUGCCAUCGACCAACAAUCGACGUCUGAUGUCCAUGUGAUUCCCCGAUUGGACGUUAUUAUGCAGCAAAAAUGUGCCAUCGUGAGAGGGGUGGCCGUAGCCAACUCACUUACCAACACAAGCAUAAUUAUGUACUAUCCAACAAAACGAUGCACACCUCGUAGGAAGGUGUGAGGCCUGCCUGUUCCCAUGGUAGCUGUCUUCUCUGCUGCAGGAAAACUCCCCAUUUGGCAUUAUACUGGGCUGUGCAAAAGCACAUUUUUUUGCAAUGUUAUUCAAACCCAAAAAAUGGGUUUUAUCCUCAAACACAGGACCCUAGUUGUAUCAUGUUUCUUUAUUAUUAUUAUUAUUUAUUUUAGGGGGUUAAAGGUGAAAUAGGCAAAGUCAGAUUGUAAUAUAUUGUACAGCUUGAGUGUGAUAGUUUGUGAAUAUAGUUUUCAAGGGGGCAAAAUGCUUAUUACACUGUACAUAGUUUCAUAUUGAAAGUUACCUGAAUGUCUCUGAUAUGUGUAAGUCAGGAAGUGCUGUAAAGUUGUAAAUAAACUGCAUGAUGCAGAAAGGG